AUGAAUAAUAUUGAAUCUUCUAAACUUUUAACAACAUUAAUUACAAAUUAUGCAUUAGAUGAUAAUACAGUAGAUACAAAUGUACCGUUUAUAUUAGAAGCUAUAACACAAUACCAGCUUUUAAGUAAUGUAGAAGAACAAAUGGUAUUACAUAAAUGGUGUACUCGAGUAAAUUCUUUGUUACAUUCUAAAGUUAUGAAAGCAAGAUGGGCAGGAAUUUGUUUUAUUAAAAUUUCCUUUGAACAAUCUGAAGAAAUAUUUUUACAAAACUUACAAAGUUGGACGACCACAUUAAUGAUUUUACUUACAAAACCAGAACCAACACUUGUUUUAAAAGAAAUAAUAACAACAUUAACGGAAUUAUUUAAUAAAACACAAAACAAACCAGAAUUACAGAGAGAAAUUACAACACAACAAUUACCAAGAUUCAAUACGUUUUUAAUAAAGUUAUCAGGAUUAAAUAAGAGACUAUUACCUACAAUAUUUAGUGCAUUAUCACUUUCAGUUAAAAAUUUCCCAUCAAUAUUUCGUCCUGUUAAUGAACCAUCUCAAAAAUUAUGUUUAAGUAUAUUAUUAGAUGGUACUCAUGAUUAUGAAUCAGAAUUAUCCAAAAUGGCUGUUAAAUGUUUUUCUUAUAUCAUUAAUUUUGGUGGUAAAAUGAAUAAUAAUACGCAUUAUUGGAAAUUAAAUUUACUUAAAGUUGUUGGAUCUUUGAAUAAUAUUUUGGAUAAAUUGUUUGAUACCAUCGAUGAAGAAAAGGACGCGUCAAAAAAACUGGCGGGAUUUGAGAUGCCUCAAGCAUCAGAAAAUUAUAUUAUCGCAUUUCCAAUGUUGUUCUCAAAAUUUCAUUGUUUAAGUGAAUGUUUAAUUUCUCUUAUAAGUCUACCAACUUCUUUACCUGUACAAUUUCCUGUUAACCAGGUUACAGAGAGUAAAGAUAAACAUGAGUACUAUGUAUUAUUGUUAGGUAUUCCAUCAUUAUUCAUGCAUUGUAAUAAAAUUCUUUGUGCUGUAGUAUUAAGCGUUGGCGAACACUUGAUAAUUCAUUUACGUGUGAUUUCUUCUAUCCUGCUUAAACUUCUCAACAACUCAAAAUCAAGUUGGUUACUUAGAGUGUCAACGUAUAAUUUAAUAGAUCUUUGUAUACAAAAAUACGGAAUCAGUUUAACCAAUCUUAUAUCCUCGACAUUAUUAUCCUUUAUAAUUGAUGAUAUAAAGAUCAUACAAAAAUCUCCGUAUGAUAUCUCAAUUAGCGUUGAAACUACCGAUCAUACUAACAACAAGCAAAAGAAAUCAGGUAAGAAGAAAUCAUCAUCAUCACAAAUAACAAAUUCUGAUGUAUUUGUUAAUUCGAGUGGAUUAACAUGCUCGCAAACGAACGUAGACGUACAAUACGCUUCAUUAGAAGUUUUGAAGAGUUUAUUGAAAACAUGUGGAUCUUCAAUGCCAUCAAAUACAAAGUCAUCGUUAGAUAAUAUCCUAUUACUAAGGAUUCUUUCACAAAACAAUAAAAAUAGCUCAAACAACAGUGAAGACAAUGUAAAUAUGAAACUAUAUGAAUGUUUAUUACAUUCUGUAAUUUCUCCUUCGGAGUAUCAACCUACUCAAUCCUAUACAGAAACCGAAAGUGAAAAGGAGGACAAAGAAGACGAUAAUAAUAAGAUGAUGGUUAUAGAUCAAUCACCACAAAUAUCUUUUGAUAUUGUUACAACAGAAACAAGUUCAAAUAUAGUGGAAAGUAUGAUUAACAAGUUAAACGUUGAUGUUGAUAAAAAUGCGAAUAAGAAUUUUUUCGAUGAUAAUAGUAUAUUGGAAGUAGUCAAUAAAAGUGAUAAUAUGCUUAUAGGUAAUCGAAGUAACCGAAUUAAUAUUCAUGAACAAUCUACUUCCUCAGAAAUGAUAGAAAAUCAAAAGAAAAGAAUGCGUUCUCUUUCUCCUGUUGACAUAGAAAAAGAAAUAGCUAAGGGUCAUGAUAAUGUUUUUAAAUCUUUUAGAAUGUUUAAAGAUGAUUCUGAUGAUGAUAUGGAAAUACCUGAAAUUAUAAUGGAAGGACCUGAUUCUGAAUUUGAAGAUAAUGAAUAA